UGUUUCAAAUAGAUUUGAAGUUUGUUUAGUAGGUGAGAAAGUGGGGCCUAGACUCUCGGCGGUUUUGGCGACUUACUGAAUUGUCUCUACCUUAAUCGUCCUUGAUGAAACCAUUUGAUCAUGGCGAGCAGAUCAAAUAAAAAGAAAUUCAAUAAGCGAUUUAAUUAUAACUCCAACCCGAAUCUCUCUACGUCGUCGUUUUCUUCUUCUUCAUGCAUGGAUUCUUCUCAUUUGGUUCGAUUCAGUUACAGAAGAACCCCUGCAGCAGUCUUAAUCUUUCUAAUCGUUUGUGGUAUGGUUGCCUUAAGCAUUUCGUCUGAGAUGUGGAGUAAGUUUGUCCGACAUGGUGAUUACUGGCCCAACAUUUACUCCAUUCAAGUUGUCAACGAGUUUCCUCAUGAUCCCAGAGCCUUUACUCAGGGGCUUCUAUAUGUUGACGAUGAUACCUUAUUUGAGUCAACUGGUCUUUAUGGGAUGUCAUCUGUUCGGAGAGUAGCUCUCAAGACUGGGAAGGCUGAGGCUUUCCAAAAGAUGGAUGAUUCAUAUUUCGGGGAGGGCUUAACUCUUUUUGGGGAAAGGCUAUUCCAAGUAACUUGGUUGAAGCAAAAAGGUUUCAUAUAUGAUCGAUAUAAUUUAAGCAAACUUGAGGAAUUUAAUCAUCAGAUGAAAGAUGGUUGGGGGCUUGCUACUGACGGAAAAGUUCUGUUUGGAAGUGAUGGUUCUUCAACAUUGUACCAAAUUGACCCUCAAACAUUUAAAGUUAUCAGAAAAAAUGUUGUCAAAUACAAAGGUAGAGAAAUACGGAACCUCAAUGAACUAGAGUUCAUAAAUGGUGAAGUUUGGGCAAAUACUGACUGCAUUGCUAGAAUCUCUCAUGAGGAUGGUAUGGUGCUUGGAUGGAUUCUGCUUCCUAGUUUAAGGGAAGGUUUAAUAGCAGCCGGGUAUAAUGGUAUUGAUGUUUUGAAUGGCAUAGCAUGGGAUCGCAACAAAAGCCGCAUUUUUGUUACCGGUAAACUGUGGCCGAAGCUUUAUGAGAUCAAAUUACGUCCGGUGAAGAAGCCACAGCAGGACAAGGGUGCCCAUAUCAUUGAGAAGCUUUGCAUGUUGGAUGGGCGAUUAUAGAUAUUGCAGUUUUGCACUGAUAUAUUCCCCCCCUGUAUAUCCAGCUAAUUGCACAGGACAUGUAGUCGAGAUGGAGAAAUCUUCCCUGAUGAUUCGGAUCAGUUGUAGUUUUUUGUGUACUACUUCACUGCCUGUACUAUAGCUUCCGCGAUAUACAAACAAUACAAAUGAGAAGAGAAGACACUAAUUAGAAAGGUUAAAUGAGUUUUAGGAAGUACUGUGAACCUUGUAUUUGAUAUUUGAUCUUACAGUUUAAUAUGCUAGCUAGUAGAAUUCUUUCUCUGUUUCUCUAAUUUCUUUGGACGAAAUCUGUAACAUUAAUAAGAUCCAAAAUACACACAAUGAUUUAGGCAUAUGGGUGGUAAUUUUCACUGUUUUCAUCACAUUAUACGUAAAGAUAUCUUUAAUUUGACAAAUUCUUAG